AUGACAGACGAGGCGGGCGUCAAGACACGGGUGUUGAUACUCUCAGAUACUCACUGCGCUUUGCCAGGAGCUGCGCACAGCAGGGAGGUGUUUCGAUGGCCUCUGCCCAAGGCCGAUGUCCUCUUACACGCGGGCGACCUCACCAUGAAUGGGAAGGGUGAUCAGCACCAGCGAGCCCUAGAACUCAUCAAGGGCUGUGACGCGGAGCUCAAAAUAGUUAUUCCCGGCAAUCAUGAUCUGACUCUCGAUAAGCCAUACUAUCAUGAAUUUGGUAGUCUUCACUGCCGUGGCGAGAAUUACUCAGACGAGACACUGAAUGAGUUCGAGGCCAUGUACACUGGAGAGACUGCUCAGGAGGCCGGCAUUGUGUACAUGGUUGAAGGGGUCCGCAUAUUUACUCUUCGGAGUGGUGCCAGAUUUACGGUCUACGCCUCAGCGUAUCAGCCAGAAUUUUGCAACUGGGCCUUUGGAUAUUCCCGGGAGCAAGAUCGCUUCAACAAGACUUUGGAAGAUACUGUCACCCUCACGAAUGCCGAGAACCCUGUUCCCGAUGCUGGCGUCGACAUCCUGAUCACUCAUGGGCCGCCAGCUCACAUUCUGGACAAGACGUACUCUGGUGAGGAUGUCGGUUGUGUGCAUCUGAGGCGGGCCGUAGAGCGCUGCAAGCCGCGGCUGCAUGUCUUCGGUCACAUCCAUGAAGCCGCUGGAGCUAUGAGAAAGCACUGGUUCGUGUCAAACAACGGUGAGAAGAUUAUAGAAUCUCCUGGUCACCAAGAAGUUGUCGAUCGGAUGAGUGCAUACUACGAUGCGACCGACCUCAAACAUGGGAGUGAGUCGCUCUUUAUCAACGCGAGUAUCAUGGACCUGCUCUAUCGGCCGUCUCAUAACCCGUGGCUCGUUGACCUCAUGCUUCCCAGGGCCAUUGGAGGGGGUCGAGAAUCGGCGUCUUAA